CUCUCUCUCUCUCUCUCUCUCUUUUCUACGUAACGUGCGUGAGUGAGAAUAUGUAUACUCAAAGUGUAUCGUAAUAGAAAAGAGUGGGAUCAUGAUAUACAUGGCCUUGAAUAGUUCUCGUGGCGCCAAGUGCAUCUCGAAUUUGAAUCGUUCAUACGAAAUGCGAAAUUUAUUUAUUAUGUUUAAGAAACGAUAUGAUAUAAUUUUGAUCUAAACAUUGAUGUUGAUUUCGUUUAAGAUAAUCAUUUCCUUUUCUUUUUUUAUUAUACGAUUUUAUCAUUAAUCAUAUAGAAAUAUCAUUCUUGGUUCGUUAUAAUAUCUUCGAGAAUGAAUUUUAUCUAUCCACUUUCAAAAGAUUUUUUUCUUUUGCGGCACCAAAAUGGCUACUCGAUGCGGAAACCGCAGGCGCGUAAUUCGAAACUAUUGAACUACAUUUUCUACAGGGUAAUCACCGAAUACGAAGCUUCAAGCGGUUUGUAUGCUCAUAUACGAGAUCUUUGUUGCUGUACGACGGACGAACACAUUUAAAUAUUAUACAUCGAGCUUUAUGCUUGAUUUUUUGCACGACUAUUCUUCGAAUAACGAUGAGGGGAUAAAUUGAAAUAUUAAAAGAAUUGUACGUACCAAAAUACAAAGAUUCGCAAGACAAUUCGCAAGAGAAUUGGUCGACGUCAUGACCUUCUUACUUUAUGGAGGGGAGCAGAUGGUACGAUGACACGACGCCAUUAGUAGUACUCUCGUUGACGCGUGCAUUACUUUUAAUAUCAUAUCUCGAAUUAUUUCCUCAUUUGAGAAAUCGUUCAAUUAUUAUCUGUGAUUUUCUUCGAAGGAGAUGCGAAUAAAUCAAAUCAAACCUUCGCGUUUCAAACGACGAGUCUAAGUGACCUGAAAAUAUUUAUUCUCAAUUAAAGAAGAGAGGUUAUCUGUAUCGUACGCGCUUUUACAUUCAUCAAAAUGACAGUUCUACAAUCCUGCUGGUCUCCGUGCAUUUGGACAAAUAAUGUUAAAACAGGAUCCAAAGUUAUUGCAUUUUAUACAAUGGCACUGAGCAUUAUAUUUAUUACUUUAAUAUGCUAUCAAAUGAACGGUGGAGAUUCUACGCAGUUGUACAAUCCUCUUUUUGAAGCAGAUAUUAGAGGAUCGAUGCAAGUUAUAGGAAGUUGUUUGAUUGUUUACUUUCUACUUCUUACUAUUUCUGCUGCUUUAAUGAUAUAUGGAAUACGCGAGGGUGUAAGAGGAUGGCUACUACCAUGGUUAAUACUGUGGUUUAUCAUUUGCCUUUUCCUCUUAGUAUUUGGAUUAUGGCUAUUAGGAGGAUAUUAUAUUUAUUUGGACUCUGUAUUUGCUACACUAUGUAUAUGGCUUUGGAUGUCAUAUAACAUUUACUGUUGGUUAGUCGUCUACUCCAUGUAUAAAGUAUUCGAAGAAUUACAGUCGCCUAAUAUUGAACUACUUUGGCCGUGAUAGGUAUAUUGCAAUAAUUUAUUAGUAAAAAAGUGCCUUUGACUACAUACUCAACACCAAAGUAAGCUGAAAUGCUCUACACCUACGUUGUGUUCUUUUUUACUUCGUUUGUGUCUAGUUUUAGGUGUUGUCUCAUGAUCUAUUUCAUAAGUCUUGCCAGAGUGCAAGAAUAAUUAAUAAACCAUCAAUAAUAAUAGUAUGUUGUCUAUCGAAUAUUAUAGAUCUGAAAAUAGAUCUUUAAGAAAAUUAGAUUAAGAUUUAAAAAAUUUUUUAAAUGGCAGAAGUCUAAGAAGUCCAUAUUUCAUAUAUUUAAUACAAGUAGUACGAUUCGACAAGAGAAAUAUAAAGGCACAAUACAAUAACUAAUAGAAUAAAUGAGCUUGAUGAUAUAAAGUUUUUACGUAGCUGUUGUGUAUAUUGAAAAAGACUUCUGUAUUCAAGAAUAUGCACUUUUAUGUGCAAUUACGAGGUUCUUAUAUUUUUUAUAUGAGCUUUGAAAUACAAACGUUACUAACAUUAG